AGUGCAGUACCUGACCGGAAUCCUGCACUGUACUUUGACUUUCCUUCCAGCUCUGUUGUGCAGUGGAGGAACUAACAUCUCCAGAUUUUACUCCCUGUUACUAUGGUCAGUGGAAAAGGUGAUUGGCAAGUUUGAGGAGUAGCUGUGUUGUGUCUUUCAGUCCCACAUGACAGAACUCACUGCCAGGCAGCUGCUAUCUGUAAACUCCUCCAAGACUGCAUUGUACAAUUCCGUCCCCAUUGCCCUAGUACUUCCCUGACUUUCGGCAAACGUGUAGGGAUAUUUGAAGUUUCAUCAGCUUAUUAAGCAGCAGUAUUUUGGAAAAUCUGACUGCUUUCAAACUUUGGAGCGAUUUUCAAUCCAGAGAGCAGUUGCCUUGUCUGUAAACAGUGUUUACUGAACACGGUACCCGAUCCAGCUAAUCUUAAGCAUCCGCGAUUGAAUUUAACAAUGAUCACCCAUGAGACAGAUGUGCAGUAUAGUCGAUGGAAUGACAAUGCCCAGGACCAGGUCACUAUCAGCAUUUCGGCAAUAGAAGCAUCAGGCUGUAAAAGGAUUUACAAUAAAUUGUGCACCGGAAAACUAGGCAUUGUGAUGAAAGUACUUGGAGGAAUUGCUGUGUUUUGGAUCAACUUCAUCAUUGGUUAUGUGACAGGUUACUACGUCCACAAGUGCAAGUAGAAACCUGAAUAAUUCCUUCUGUUCCACCUGAGAAAUUGUUCGAUACUCUUUCUGGAGUGAUCCCCAGAGUAGCUACUGUUUGAAUACUGUAUAAUGAGAGAAUCAAUCUGAAAAACAUCCAUCAUAUAAAUUUACUGGAGUACACUAUUGUUGAAUGUUGGACAUGAAAUUAAACUCUGAUGUAGUUUUUUUCUCUCUAAAAAGAACAAGUUGUUCCGAUGGGAGUGUGUUGAGGAAGACAAGUGCACGGUAGGGUAUGCUAUCAGCAGCUCAGUAACAUUGCCAUAUCACAUCACAGCCAUAUAAAACCCACGGCACACAGAUUGACUCCAAUUGCCUUUCUUUUUUAAAAACAUUCAAAUUAAGUUCCUUUUUGUCUAAUGCACCAUGCAAUUUUACCAAAACAAAUACUGGGGGCAAAAACAGAAAUUGCUGGAGAAAUGCAGUAGGUCUGGCAGCAUCUGUGGAGAGAAACGCAGGGCUAAUGUUUUGAGUUCAGUCACCCUUCUUUCAGAACUGGGGAUGCUCAAAAUAUGAAAUGAAAGCAGAAAAUGCAGGAAGUGCUCAAGAGGUCUGGCAACGUCCAUCAAAUGAAACACAGGGUCAAUGUUUUAGGCCGACAACCCUUCAUCAGAGCUGGCUACCACUCCCGUACCUGAACUAUUAAUUCUGUGUCUGCCUCCUCCAAUGUUGCCUCUUUGAUGAAUACAUUCAGUAUUCCAUUUUAAAUGUUUGGAUGUGUUACUGAGCCAUAUGCACCAGGUAACGCCAUGGUCUGAAUCCUGGGGCCAAACAGGUUUCAACAUCUUUAACAUUUGGGAAGCAAAUUCUUUGAUGUUUUUACGGCUUUCCUCCAACCCCCACCCCACCCCACCCCACCCCUACCCACUCCCAAUCGCUGCCCAAUGACACCCUCCUAAAAUUGUGUAGGCAAUGGGUGAGGAAGCAAUCAGUCUGUAACAUCCUCCAAGUUGUUAUGAUCAUCCAGUGAACGCUGUGUCUCUGACACUAGGAGCUAUGCCUGUACAACUAUAUUCCAGGGUGGGUUAGGAAAGGCCUGUCAGGAAAGAAGGGGACAACGUUAGCUGAAAAUACCCUUAGUAAUAGUUGACUUCCCAGUUAUCAUUCCUCAAUAAACUAAAACCUCACCAGCCGAAAAAGACUGCUGAGCGUGGAGGUUCGAGGGUCAGAUUCUGUACAGGAAUGCAAGCGGUCAAUGUAUUCGCUGAUACUGUUGAUCAAAUGCCAGAGCACUUUGUACUUGACCCGAGUGUAGUGCAUACAAACUUUCCGUCUCCAACUGGUCAAUGUCCCAAUCCAUUCACAAAUUGUCCAAAACCUGUCCCCCAUCUCCAAAUGCAUUGUCACCUUGGGCACAGGAGUGCAACAGUUGAGGGUCAACAUUGUGUUAAAAAUAGUGUUACUACUCUUCAGUGAAGAGUUACACCAUCCGACUUAGUAAGGGAUACUAAAGCACCCGUUCAAUAACUGUUUUAACCAAAGAAAAUAUGCCAUUGUAAAUGUCUGUUCCCAAAUGCUUCACUUCUGACAGGGAGUCUUGCCAGCUGACAUCACAUGCCAGGUCAUUUACUCAACAUUUGGUUUAACUUAAUUGAUGGUAGGUAAAACAUGUAUCACGCACACUAGAAAUUGAAGCUUCUCACCUCAAACAAAAGCCAGAAAAUGCCCCAUCCUUUACAGAGACAGAUUCAUGUCUCACACACAUGGUAAUGUAUAUGCUGAUGGAUGUAAGAUUUUAGACCUGAUUUUCUCCAGAAUCUGCAAGCAGCAAAGAACCUCAACCAGGGCCAGGUUCCAACUUUGUGCGCCCAAAAUGUGUUGUGCCAAAUUCUCCAAGAUGUUUUUGGGACCAGAAGGAAGUUAUACAUCAGAUAUAUUUGUGCCACACCUAAAUAGAAUAACUAUUAAAAUCAAAUCUCACACCAACUGCUCUGAGUUUUAAUGAAACUUUCCCAGAGCAGGCACCUCACCAAUUUAAAAUGGCCCUCUGACAGACUGGAAGGUCUCGUGUGCUGUGUUUCUGUAAAUAAAGCUGACGUUGUAUCUCUUGGCAGUAAA